AUGGCUCCGCAAAUAGAUAACACUAAUGUUACAUUAGAUCGAAUACUAAAGGAAAAGUUUACCUCAGAAUUUCGUAGUGGUUACGUUACUGUGGGGGAUGUCUGUUUACCAGAACGUUAUAAACAUUUUGCGGAAGAAAUAGAAAAUUUUGAGAUCAGAGAUGACGAUGUUUGGGUCUGUACCUUUCCAAAAACUGGUACCACGUGGACGCAAGAAAUGAUUUGGUGCAUCGGUAACGAUUUGAAUUUCGAAAACGCGAAACAAUUAUUGUCCGAGAGAUUUCCAUUCUUCGAGGUCUCAAUUAUUUACGACUUUGAAAGAUGCACGUUGUCGCAUAUUUCAAAUUUAUCGAAUCACGAGACAAUGAAAAAUAGUGUGAACUUUACGAAAAAUCAAGCAAGUCCGAGAUAUAUCAAAACCCAUUUACCAUUUCAUCUACUUCCACGACAAUUAAGAUCUGGCGAGAAGAAAGCACGCAUUAUCAAUGUUGCCAGAAAUCCAAAGGAUACGUGUAUCUCUUAUUUUCAUCAUAGCAAAUUGAUCGAAGGCUAUCGCGGUGAUUUCGACGAAUUCUGUCAAUUAUUCUUGGGUGGAAAACUUUCUUAUGCACCGUAUUGGAAACACGUCCUUGGUUAUUGGAACAAGAGAAACGACAUGAACAUUUUGUUCUUGAAAUACGAAGACAUGAAGUCUGAUCUUCCGUCGAUAAUUAAGAAAGCAGCAACAUUUUUAAAUAAACGAAUUACGGAUGACGAGGUGCAAACUUUAGCCAAGCAUUUAAGUUUCACGAAUAUGAAAAAUAAUCCUUCGGUUAAUUAUGACGACAUAAUCGAGAGUUACAAGAAAGUUAAACUAACUGUCAUUGAUGGUACGUUUAUCCGAAGCGGAGAAGUUAAUCAAUGGAAGGGAAAAUUGUCAUUUGACAUAGUAGAAAAAUUUGAUCAGUUGACCAAAAAAAUGUUCGAUCCUGUUGGUCUUCAUUUCAUUUAA